CCUCUUGCGGCCGAGCCGCUCGCUCGGCGCCGAGGGCCCGGGUGCCGCGGCGGCUCGGCACCGGCGCGCGCGCUCUCUCUUCUCACGGCCGCAGCUCUCAGGUGGCGCGCAGUCUAGUGCGGCUGUGACGCGCCGGCACGGCGCGUCGAUGACUCGCGGCGUGCCUGCAAGAAAGUCUGAGUCGCCCGGCCCGGCUCGCCUCCACCGAUGCGCUCCACUCAUCUCUUCUAUCGGCUGGGCCAUAUAAGGCAGCAGCCCGCUGCCGCCGCACGCUACCCCACCACAACUCUGCAAGCACCGAUCUCAUCCUGUCUCAACUCAGCACCACACCAUGCUCCACCAUACGGUACCCAUCGGCGGCCCGCAGUUCGUGCACCCGGCGCUGCCGGCCGCGUCGUGUGCGCCUAGCUCGCCCACGGGCUCGUCAACCUCCAGCUCCUCGUCGCUGAGCGACGCCGCCUCCAGCUUCAGCACCGCCGGCGCCGACGCCCAGGCCCGCGCCUAUGCCGCUUCCGUGUUCGCACACACGCGCGCCAUGUGGGCCGCCGAGCGCAGCAGCAUCGAGCGCGCCCGCCUCGACGGCAGCGCAGCGCGCGGCGCCGCCUCGCCCGUCUCGCCCACGUCGCCCGCUGCCACACCACGCCAGGCUCGGCACACUCGCGGCCGCAGCGAUGCCGCCGAGGAGGGCAGCCCCGCCGUCAUCGGCAUCUUCCGCUCCCUCACCGUCGGCCGCGGCCGUCGGCGAGAGCGCAGCUAGGCGUGACUGUGGUCAACCGCAGCACCCACCCGCAUCUCUCUAGCGUCUUCUCGCUUCGCUCUCUGAGCCUCAAGUCUCGCUCCAAAGCGCCUCGACGGUGCACGCUCUUCUCCACGCCGCGCUCAUCACCGCCGCUAUCGUCUCC